GCGUGUCACGAGAAGUGUGAGCCGCGGAUAUUAACAGUGUUCGUUCGUACGAUCUUCGUGGCGAGGAGUAGCAGCAUCCGUGGUGGUGGUGGCGGCCUUGACGGACGGCGUACGUACGUACGGUGCAGCGGAAUCGCGCGAGGCGGAGUUUGUUUUCGCCGCCGCGCUAUCUCUGUCUGGCACAUAGUAACCGUGUGUCCGUCGUCCCCUCCCCGUGUUGCCAAGCGCGGUUGCUGUUUGCCGUGUGCACGCGUCGUCCUGCGAUCCACGCUUUUCUGAACGGAGACCGGGGGCCGCCGAGCAGCAUCGUCAUCAGCGAGCGUCAGCGACGACGAGGAGCGAUCGCGCGCCGACGGGUACGCUAGUGCGAAGCGAUAGUGCCUCAACCGACAACGCUCGGUUGGCAGCGGCAGCGGCAGCGGCAGCGCGGCCAUUAUUCGAAAUUCGGUGGGUCGCGCCACGGAUCGCGGUGUUGCCAGUUUUUCCUCAUCCGCGCGGUGCGUAGCCGCGAUUAUUUCAACGUCGUCCCACGACGACGGCUCCGCAGUGGCGACGGCAGCGGGGACACGAUUCUUGGAACAAGUCAUCAUUAUCCCCGCGUCACGGCCAAUGCUAGAAGAAACGGCGAUCUCUUAUCUCGCGGCGCGUGUCACAACUUCUCGAUAGUGCGGUGAAAGAGAAAGAAGAGAGAACUAGAGCGCGCGUGGGAGCAAGGACGGAAGCAGAAGAAAGAAAGAGUCGGUGCGGUGCGCGUUGCUUCUUAUCUCUCGGUUUUCUUUCGCGCCCGAACUUUUGUGUGCCAUUCGUUUCCGUGGCGCACAGCGCGAGCGGGAAACGUUUGCCGUAGAGGAGCGCGGCGGCGAUAGAGCGCGACGAAAUAUGAGCGCACGAGUGCUGAACCCGGCGAUGAUGACGGAAAUAAGCAGGAACCUAGGAGGCGGCGGCGGCGGCGGCGGCGGCGGUAGCAGCAGCAGCAGACGAGCGACGCCGAGCAGGGCCGAGCUCGCUCGCGUGCGGCGCGAUCUUUUCGGACCGGUGGACCACGCGGCGGCACGGGCGUUCGCCGAGCGCGAGUUACGGGCUCAAUCUAUCCUCGACGCCGACCGAUGGGGCUUCAACUUUCGAAAGGGCGAACCGCAGAAGAACGACAAUUCCCGCUAUGAAUGGGAGCCGCUGACGGAGCACGACAUCGUGCCCGAGCCUUACGCUCUGCGCGGCAUGCCCUACCUGAGAAAACACGCGCCCGGUACACCGAGCAAAUUGCGCUUCGACAAUGCCGCGACGACGACGACGAUGACGACGGCAACGGCAACGACAACGACGAUGGGAACGACGACGGGAACGUUGACGGCAAUGGUGACCACGAUGGCGAGCACGAGGAUCGCCGAGCAAAUGGAGACCACCGCCGUCGCCACGCCGAAGGUCGAGAGAACGCCACCACAAGAGCCCCGAGUGCCAGAGAUUGGCGAAGCCACGACGACGCCCGAUCGACUCCCGGACGCGGAGCUCAAGAGAAAGAGGUGCACGAUAGAACCGACCACUCCCGUACUACCCCCUGCCGCGAGAAAACAGCCUACGAUCACCGAUUACAUGAAGAGUCGCAAGCGCGGUCUAAACGGCACCACAAAGAGCAUGAUAGAACCGCCAGAGAAGAUCACUCGCAACGCGGGUCAGAUACGCAGCUAAAAGCCUUCAGCUUCCUCACUCGAACCUUGCCGGUCUUCCUUCACCUCGUUCGUACGCAACGUGAGACAGUACCGGAAAUGGGAAACUGCAUCGUCGUGUAGAGUAACGGGGCGAGAGGAGGAGGGCAGGGACUUGGACAGGAGGCGCGACGUUGGCUGUGCCAUUCAUAUAGUUUUAUCCGCCAUUAGCGCAGGCGAAAUAGACGGAAAUGGGUGAAUAAAAAAUAUAAAAAAAAAGAAAGAAAAAAAGUCUACGAGAAACACCGUUCUCCGUCACGUAUAUAUUACUUCGUCUGUCACAUCUCUUCGUAAUGCCGCGAUAAUUGCGAGGAUAGUAGUAGUAAUAAUCAAGAAAGGGGGCAUGGCACGAGGGAAAGAAAAAGAGAAUAUGACUCGUCGCUAUUUUUUUAUAAUAUGUGUUACAUCUUUUUCUGUAUUAGAAUAUAGAAUACAUAAUAUUAUAAGAAAAAUAUAAAAAUUAGAUUGUAGAUAGAGUAAUAUUGAUUUGUGUCCAAAUUAAUUAAUGUAAUAUAUUCAUUGUUUCUGAAACGUUCGUAGAAAAAUGUUUAAAUAAUGUCGUUACACAAACGCGUUAUGAAAGAGAAAGAAGCUAAGAAAGUAAUACAUGUAAGUUUAUAUAGGCUAUUCUCAUAGGGAUUAGUAGUUGAUUAGAUUCUAAGAUAUAAAACAGAGUAUAUCGCGCGUAUUAGAUCUAAAGAGAUUGAAAGGGAUUCUUGAGCUGGUCUAUGGAAUUUCGGUACUCGCGAUUGUCGCGUUCUAACCCGGUGAUGAAAUUCUUUCGCUGAAACUAUGAAAAUAAAAACACCUUUAUUUGAAAAUAGUUUUGCACGGAGAGAAUUUUCUCUUCGCAGAGAAUUUAACUUUCAAAACAGCAAUCGUGGAAUAACAUAAACUUCGAAGAAUUUUUUUGUUAACAAUUUCGCUUUAUUAUAAUUUUACCAAAUUUUACUAAAAGUAUAAUUAAUUUCUUUGAAAUUUAUGUUCCCACGAUUACGAUUUUGAGAAUAAAUUAUAAGAGAAAAUUUUCUCCCCGUAUAGAUAUCGCGCCAGUUUCGACGCUACUACGUCCUUGAAAUGUACGCGAUAUUGUAGCGAUAGACUUCAAAUUUCCAAAUUCAAUAGUUUCGGAAGCUUUUAUUUGGAAUUCUGCAAAGAAACGAAAACAUCGUUUUCAGGGAAAAAACAAAUUACAAAGAGGACAAGUGCAAAAGAGCGAUUGCGAUUCCGUGGCCAGAAUGCGGCCACGGCCAGCUUUAAGGAAGAAGAGAAAUAUAUGAUUUAGCUGUAGUUCGUUACCCAAGUUUAAGCAUUGAUCUCCUGUACGAUUUUAAGAAAGUACAGCCGAUGCCAAAUCACCCCGUGAUUUUUUCUUCUCUACCUAUUAAAUACAAAAAAAAAAACAAAGAUUAGUUACAUCUCCUGUCUCCUUUUUUUCCUUUUCUUGUCCCAUAUCGCAUUUGUUUCCGGCAGAUAAUGCGAGAGACACAUAAUUGUCGUAAAGUCACAAUUUUUGCAAAAAAAAAUUUUUCUGGUCCUGUUUUACAUCGGUUUCAUUUUUUUACGUUGCAAAUUAAAAUAUCGAACUUUUUUUUUAAUUUUUAAUAUUUUUUUCACGUGACUUUCGAUGAAAUUGGAUUCCUCGAUUUCGCGAUAUUAAACAUCUAAUUUUGAUUAAACGUAAAGCCAGUAGGAAGUUUUUUUAAAGAUUUAACUUAAUCCAAUCUUAAUUAAAAGAAAUAUUACUCUAGAAUUCUUGUAUAAUAUCUCCAACUACGUUAAAUUAAUUACAGUGGCAUUAUUUUGUUAAUCACAAUUUAUUUUAAGAGAGAAAGAAAAAAACGAAUUUCUUUCAUGAUAGUAUGUAAAUUAAAAAGAAAGAAAAAUUAUAUACAACCGGACACUUUAACUAACAAGAAAUAAUUAAUAGCUUGCAAAUUUUUAUUUUCGUAAUUGACAGUUACGAAGAGAAACAUUUUCUUUGACAGGCAUCAUCGAGACCAACAGAGUUAAGCAUUUCACAGUGUGUAGGAGGAUUCCAGUGCAAAAGCAGUGCAUAGCGAAACGAGCGUUUAUUUCGUUCGUCGACAUCGAAUUUAUGAAGCGUAAAAUAUUAGCGUACUAAUUGUAUAUUAAUUGAGUUUUAUAAUGGUAGCUGUUUAUCGUAUCUGACUUUUGUUUGUUAACGCCCCAUUAACGCGAUUCUCGAAUGUCCUAUCUCGUAUCUUGCUCCUCCUGAUACUUUUUUCCUGCUCGCCAUUUCCUUUUUGAGAUUAUAACCCAAAAAUACGACUGGUGGUUACAAGCUAUUUUUUUCAAAAUCCGAGCAUGUGAGAGAGAGAAGCGUCGAAAAAAAAUGCAAAUCAAAUUUAAACUUACACAUUGAUCAUAACGUCCGCUUUCUUCCACGCAAAACAGAAGGCCCAGAAUUUUACAAAAUUGACGAAAUAGCAGUUAGAUCUCUCAAUUGAAAUAACUAUCAUUGAUUACUAUGUUCGUGACAGAUGCGGCACCUCGCGAUUUCGGCAUUAGUGCAACGAGUCGUUAAAAAAAACAAUCAAGUGAAUUUAGUUUGGCGAUGUGGCUACAGGGGAUGGACAAAAUAAAAUGAACACUUGUGAAAUAUACUUUUUAACAGAACAUCUUUCAAUUGAUUAUGUAAGUGAUGUUGGAAGAAGAAAUUUGCUUUUUACACUAUUUUUCUAAAAUUGCCCUCUGUUCUUUAAAACUUCAGCAUUUUUCCCGGCCAGUGUGAUUAUUUAACUUAAAUAUGGAGUUAUUGUGAAAAGUUUUGAAGGGCAGAAAGCAAAAAAAAAACGUAGAUUUUCUCUUCCAAUAUUUUUUAAAAAGUGUUUUAUUAGAAAAACAAUAUAACAUUGCACUGGUGACUAUUCAAGCAUUGUACGACCUUAGUCCAAACAAAGAUAAAAUCUGCAUUAAAGAUAAAUGAAGGACCAAUCACAUAUUAAUAAAAUAAGCAAUGUCAAUGUUCUCUAGGAUGUUGACAUUAUUUUGCCUAUUCUCUGUAUAACAUCUUUCUGACAAUCUUUAUCAUUCGAAAAAGCGGCAGGAUCGCUAUAAUAUUUUUAAGUAAAAAUUUACUUUGUGUCUUUCAUUGCGAAUUAGAUAAAAUAGUCAGAAAGUUUUCUACACUUCACGAUGUCACCGCUGGAUUAAAAAAAAAGACAGGACUUGGAAAUCUUUGAAUCUCGUAAGAUCUUAGAAAGUCGCGACGCGUGGUGCCUGUUGUGAAGAAAACUAAAAAGAAAAAAAAUAGCAAAGAGAGAAAAAUCUAUAAUUAUGUAACCCUGUGAUGUAUUAUUAUAUGAUCUCAGUAAACAUAACGUAGCGUGUACUUCUUAUCUAUAAUAAUUAGAUUAUAUAUAUGUAUGAUUACAUAUGCGAUAGCGCAUUAAGAAAUUAGAAAUCAUGGAUUAUAUCGAUGACUAUUUGUGUAUGCGUGUACGUACGCGUGGUGUGUACAAGAGAGUGUGUACGUAAGUUCUGUAAAGAAUGAAGAAUGAAAGAGAAAGAUACAUAAAAAGAGGCCACCUAGUGAAUCACGCCUUAUGUAUCACAGUCGAUACUCCGCGAUAUAACAUUAUGUGUAACGACAAUAUUAUACAAAUAUAUAAUUAUAUAAAGAAAAACUGUAAGAGAGUCUAAAGUAAUGAACUAAACUAACAAGUAAAUGACCUGUUUAUUAAAAAAAGAUCUAUCUAUA